AUGUACUUCCUUGUCAAAUGGCUAUGUGUCGCCAUUGUUCGCUCCUUCUUUAAGGAGGUUGCGGUCAUUUACAAAGAAAGAAUUCCUCUCUACGGUCCCGUUAUUUUCGUCGGGAACCACAACAACCAAUUUCUGGAUGCAUGUAUGCUGGUCUCCAUAAUACCUCGCCAAGUGCGUUUCCUCAUUGCUACCAAAUCCCUCAAGCGUCGCGUUGUUGGCUGCCUUGCCCGCAUGGCUGCCUGUAUAGGAGUGCGCAGAGGAGAAGAUGAGAGCCGCAAGGGCUCGGGCUUAAUCCAAGUCAUGGAGCACCAGACACCCACAAACUCUGGCCUGCGCGUUCAUCAGCAGCCCCAGGAGGAGCAGGGGCCGCAGGGGCAGCAGCGGGAGCGGGAGCGGGAGGAACGGGAUGCAGGACAAGACGAUAGGAACGCUCGUGGCAGCAGCUCCAUUGGCAGUGGCGUCAACAAUAGCAGCGGUGCCAUCAGCAGCGGCUGCAAGGGCAGUAGCGACUCUGUUGCAGGUGCUCGUGUCUCAGGGAUCUCCCUUUGUCGCAGUCUGUCAGCCUCUGUUCGGGGUGUGGGGUCUCAGUUUAGGAAAGAAGUGUUGCCAGGAGACACCUUGUUAACAGGCAAAGGAGCGUAUCAUGUCAAGGCCGUCUUCAGCGACACAGAGAUGUUGGUUUCCCCAGACCCACAGCCGCUUCCCCCUUUCUCCUCCCUUCACCGCAACGACUCGUGGAGCGUACAAAAUGCAUCUGCCAAGCACAGCUUCGGAGAGGGAGACGCAGCAGUACACGCGGAUGCUGCUGCGGCUACCUCACCCACAGCAGGAGCCGUUGCAGCAGCAACCAUGGGGCCCGUCACGCCAGCACGACCUCUGGAGAGGAGCGGACAUCGUGUCGAUGAAAAGGCAGCAAAACCCAAAAAAGGGGACGACCCCAUUGAAGAAGUGCAGCUGGAUCAGCAGCCAGCGCAUCAACGUGAAGGAACACAAGCUGAAUCACCUUCAGUGACGGCGGCAGAGCCCCCUGAGAGCCAUAACCGUCAGCAAACUCAUGAAAGUGAUAUUGCUGCUGCUGCAGCAGAUGCAGCGGAUGCUGCUGCAGCAGCUGACGCCGCAGCAGAAACAGCCGCGCGUGUUGCUGCUGCACUAGCAGCAGAUGCAGUUGCCGCUGCAGCUGAAGCUUCGGCUGCAGCAGAUGCAGCGGCAGAAGCGGAGUAUGCUGCUGCCGUAGCCCAGGCAGCGCUGGAUUCUGGGAGCAGGCGGGUCGAGCAGCAGCAGGAGAAGCGGAGAGACAGCAUCGAACACCAGCAGCAACUGGAUACUGGCCUGAGAAGACGUUUCCCUAGUCGCAUGACGAAGGACAUGGCAGCUCACGAAGCUGCCUCAACAGCAGCAGCAGCAGCAGCAGCCGCCAGAGCUUCUCACGGGAUAUCAUGUGGCACUUCUGCCGGCGCUGCUGCUGUUGCGGCGGCAGCCGCCGCUGCGGCAGAGGCAGAGCAGGCGGCACAGGUAGCAGAAGUUGCUGCUGCAGUUGCUUCAGCGGAAGCAGAUGGAGAGGACGGCUUUGGGCCUCCAAUGGAAUACAGAAUAGCCCCAAGAAUAGAUCAGUCAAAAGUCUAUGAGGCAGUCACAGCGAGUUUGGUCACCAGAGAAAUGGCCCUUGACUACGCUGUGGACCGCCGGGGUACUACAGCAAAGAUCCUUAACCACGUGGAGAGAGGACUUCGGUCCUGUAUCAUAACAGCUCAAGACUAUGAGGCAAUGGCUCAAAUACGUUUAUCAGCAAGCUUGUACCCUCCUGAGCGCCUACGUCUCGCUGAGGCGCGCUACUUCUUGUUGAUGCAGCUCAUCAGCAAAAUAUUCUGGAGAGCAGCUAACGACCCCCUUUUACUCGACUUGCGGCAAAGUCUGUCUAAUUACGCAUCGGCCUUAGAGACGAGGCGACUAGCCGAUCGUCAGGUUUGGCUUUUGAAGCAGUCCCCCUCAGGAGCCACUUUGUGUCUUGCGGAGACACUUGUGGCGAUUGUCUACUGCGCCAUCAUCGGCUUACCGCUGCUGCCUCUUUGGGCGCCUCUUCGCGUGAUAGCAAAUGUAUUGGCAGACAAACAAAGACGCAAGGCCUUGAGAGAGAGCCGCGUCAAACUGAAGGGCACGGAUGUAGUAGCGAGCUACAAGGUGCUGGUGCUCCUAGUGCUUGUUCCUCUCUUCAAUCUCAUCUAUGGCUUUCUCUUUGGCAUCCUCUUCCUCAACACUUGGCUUGAGCUGGUACUUUCCAUGGCAACGGGUGUCGUCGUGCUGCCCAUCCUCUACUACUUCAGCAUGCGUAAAGCGGAGCGGUUGUUGCCCCUAUUGCAGCAAUUACGGAUCGUGACGAUGGUGGUAGUGGGGAGUGUCAACAUAUGGAGACAGACAGACAAGGAGCUUAUCACCCAGAGAAUACUCAUGCAAAUCAAAGUGCGUGACGUUGUGCAUCAACUGGGACCGGCCGUUUCUUUGACUUUCUCGCAAGAUAUUCAGAGAGCCUUGCCUACGGUCUUGUUGGAUGUUGACACAAAGCGACUGUUGCGGCUGCGUCGGCAGUUUGCACCUUUGCAGAUGAAGAUGCCUUACAGCGGCGCGACAGAAGUAAUAUGA